UCGACUUAUAGGAGUCUUUUAAGCGGCGAUAGAGAGGAGGAAAAUCGUGGUGAAGAAACAAUGGUGAAGUUCUUGAAGCAGAACAAGGCAGUGAUCCUCCUUCAAGGCCGAUACGCCGGAAAGAAGGCCGUGAUUAUCCGAUCCUUCGACGACGGAAACCGUGAGCGUCCCUACGGACACUGCCUCGUCGCCGGACUCAAGAAGUACCCGAGCAAGGUCAUCCGAAAAGACUCGGCGAAAAAGACGGCGAAGAAAUCUAGGGUUAAGUGUUUCAUCAAGCUCGUUAACUACCAGCACCUGAUGCCUACUCGUUACACUCUCGAUGUGGAUCUCAAGGAAGUCGCCACGCUCGACGCUCUUCAGUCCAAGGACAAGAAGGUCGCUGCUCUCAAGGAAGCCAAGGCCAAGCUCGAGGAACGUUUCAAGACCGGCAAGAACAGAUGGUUCUUCACCAAGCUCAGGUUCUGAGGAAAAUUCGUUUUUCUCACGCCCUUUUUCUUGCUUUUCGGAUUACAGCGUAUUAUUAGUUUCUUAUGGUGAACAAUGUGUAUCCUGUUUUGGAUUGUGAAAGUUCGAUUCUGGAUUUUGAUUCUCGAAUGCAUUUUGAUUACCUCUUUGAUUGCUUUGAA